AUGAAUAAAACAGAUAGAUAUAAUACCCCAGGUGGCAAUUCAGAUUCUCUGGAAAAUCCACCCUCUUCGGAGGUCGGCUCUAAGGAUUCUGGGGAGAGCCAAUUAUUCCUAUUCGAACACUUGAUAAAUCCGUUUUCAAGAAAACCCAUGAUAACGCGAUCACCACCACCAACAUCGAGUGCAACCGGGCAAAAGAGUCUGCCCAAACUGCAAGAGCGUGCAAAAGAAGACUCAGAGAAAAAAGAUAGUCUUGAAAAAGACAAUAACGAUCUUCGUCAAAGACUCGACGAAACAUUGAAACUCUAUCAAGAGUUGAAAGAAGAAGUCAAUUUUCUAAGAAUUGAAAAUGAGGCCUUAAAGAAAGCCCAUCAAGAAAUCGAUCUUCUCCAAAUAAAAACAACUCCACAGCAAGUGGUUAUUCACGAAUAUAAAACAGACGAAGAAGAGCUUGAACGUGAAACGGAAAGAUCCUCCAAAAAUCCAAAAAGACGUACAAAAAAACGUAAAGUUUUCUCCUCACCAGAGGGUGCUUCUUCUUCCGAGACAGAAGUAGUAAAAACACCAAAAGAUACAAGUAACAAAGAAAAACCGGCUAAAAUAAGGCCACCGCCAGCGAUUAAUGUUGUCGGAGUUGCGGAGUUCAAUAACCAUUUUAAAGGCGUUACCGCCAACGAAUUUCAAAAAAAGAAUUACAAGAUCUUAGAUGCGGAAAACAUAAUAAAGAAAGAAAGACAACAAAAAGAUAAAGAAACAGUCGUGGUACAUCGUGGUCUUCCACUAUUUAUACUCACGUUCGAUAAAACAGAAAAACUAGAGGAAAUCUACAAAAUCAAAAGAAUACUUAGCCUCGUAGUUAAGAUCGAACCUCUAAAAAAACAUACAAAACAAGUCCCUCAGUGUAGACGCUGUCAAGGGUUUAACCAUACACAAACUUAUUGUAAAAAAGAACCUAGGCGUGUGAAAUGCGCGGGAAAAUACUUAACUACAGAUUGCACCGGAAACAGCAAGAGCCCAGCGAAGUGCAUAAAUUGCAACGGAAGUCACCCGGCAAGUUAUAGAGGCUGUGAAGUAGCUAAAGAGCUACAAAAACGCCGAGAAAAAAUUCAUGCCCAAAGAAAACUCACAAAGAACCAAACUUCUAAGACCCCUAAAAGGGUAAACACAACAAAACCCGCCACUGGUAAAGAAAAUCAAACGCCAACAACAUCAAACACGUCUCCAAAGAAACGUAAUGGAAACUCAUACGCUGAAAUGGCGGCUUCACCCCAUUCGCUUGAGUCAAAGCUUAUGCAAUCGGACGAUAUAGCGGGGACAUCGAAAGGUGCCCCAGCUACAAAGAAGAAUCCAACGGCAAUCAAGCCAACGGCAAGUGAGCCAACGGCAACAACAGCCGAUAUGGGUAAGAGGAGACGGCAACCGCUGAAGCCACAGCAGAACCUUGUGAAGCGUCGUUCCACUAACGAAGCGGCAGCUAAACUACAUCAGAAGCCAGAACAUGAUGACGUUAACUAUAUGUCUGACGGGGGAGAAGGGUAUUUCGUUUCGGGUGACAGCAACAAGUUCGCUGGUCUGUCAUCCCCAGAGCCGUCAUCAGACGAAGAAGAAGAGGAGGAGCAGACCUUCCAAACAAAAAUUAACGAGUUUGAGAGGAAAAUGGAUGCCCUCAGACAAGAAGUUGCGCCCCUGAUCCAGCUCAUGAAAGCGAAACAAGAAGCCCACAGAGCCAAAGAAAAACAAGAGCUCGCAGAUAAGGCAGAUAAGGAAGCCGCUAAAGCAGUCAAAGCAGCAGAAAAACAACAACAAGAGCAGCUUCGACUGCAGCAACAGCAACAACAGCGGCAGCAACAACAACAAUUGCCAGCACAAGUUGCACAACAACAACUACAGCAGCCCGUCCAAGUGUUAGAGCAGCAACAACAACAACAGCCAAAACAGCAAAACAAGCAGCAACAACAACAAACAGCAGAGGCAGACAAGCCUAGUGGAAGCCAGCAGCAGGUGCGGACCCAACAGCAGCAGACCAAGGAGCAGCAGCGAGGGAAAGGACACCAGCAGCAGCUACAGAUAGAAAAAACAAAGAAAGAAAAUGUGCCACCAAUUAAUGUGUUCAGGAUGGAGCUAGAGGACACAAUUAAGCUAUUGGAAGAGCAUAAGAAAAUUAGAUUUUUAUUAAAAGAAGCCACCACUGAGUACUUCAGUUUUACCCCUAAGUUGGAUAAAAUCCAAACGGUCCUCCUAAAGGGCAUAGAUUCCUGCACGGAACCCCCGGCGCUCUAUCAUGAGCUCCGCCGCAAAGCGAGUGAUGAUCUCGAGAUCAUCAGCGUCAAGCCAUUCCAAACGGCUUUGUCCAGGCGGGAGAAAAGGAAACUGCCGAUAUUUUUAGUACAGCUCUCACCCAACAGCAAACUGGAUAGUUUGAGGAGUAUCACCGUCCUCAACUACCAGGUUGUCACUUGGGAUAAAUAA